AUGAUACCAGUACCGUCGCUCAUAAUAUCCCGCGACAACAGCAGCUCGGACGUCACGACGCUGACAUAUGUUGAUCCGACGAAGGAAGUUAACGCGGGAUUAUGGUGUCUAUUUGGUGGUGCCUCGGUCUUCCUGGGCCUGCGGAUCUGGGUGAAGUUCACCAGAUUACACGGGCUCUGGUACGAUGAUUACGUUCUCGUAGCAUCAUGGCUGGUCCUCUUAGUAAACAAUAUCCUGAUAUGCUGGGAAUACGCCAAUGGAUAUGUCAGCCAGACCGGCGAGUGGGACAAACGCAUGCACAUCGUCAUUAAUAUCACGUCGUGCGGCACGCUUAUCGGGCAGGCAUGGUCCAAGACGGCCUUUGGCGUUACACUCCUACGAAUAAGCAAUAAAUGGCAGAGUUACGUCCUGGGGUUUUGCAUAGCCACCAUGAAUAUCUUCAUGAUCCUCAAGUGUAUCCUCCAAUGGGCGAAGGUCUGCGAUAGCGGAGGCGACUAUCAGGCGUCGUAUCGGCUCAAUUUCUGCAUUUAUAAAAAUUUCCGGAACGGUGUUAAGGAGGGAGGCCAGGUUUAUAACGUCAUUAUGGACUUUGUUUUUGCGCUGUUUCCGUGGCUGAUCGCAUGGAAACUGAACAUGAGGAGAAAUGAAAAGAUCGCUCUCAGCGCCACGUUAAGCUUAGGAGCUAUCUGUAAGAACGGCCUGGAAGAACGAAUCGAACAGCCACGAUGCUUGGUAUUACUGGAAUAA